AAUUCAUGGGAACGAUGUUAGUCGGCUAUGCACCACCACAGCCUCGUUUUACCUUUCUGACGGCGCUAACACCGAAAGUCGAUUUCGAUAUUCCGGGCACUUUUUUCGUGAUAACUUCAUAUUAACAAAACAGAAACAUUAAAACAAAAUAUGGCAGAUCAGUUGACAGAAGAACAAAUUGCAGAGUUUAAGGAGGCUUUCUCCCUAUUUGACAAGGAUGGCGAUGGCACCAUUACAACCAAGGAGUUAGGAACUGUCAUGCGAUCCCUCGGACAGAAUCCCACUGAAGCUGAGCUGCAAGAUAUGAUCAAUGAGGUCGAUGCUGAUGGAAAUGGUACAAUAGACUUCCCAGAAUUCUUAACAAUGAUGGCUCGUAAAAUGAAGGAAACUGACAGUGAAGAUGAACUCAAAGAGGCAUUCAAAGUUUUUGACAAGGACGGUAAUGGUUUCAUCAGUGCAGCUGAACUGAGACAUGUCAUGACAAAUUUGGGUGAGAAACUGACAGAUGAAGAGGUUGAUGAAAUGAUCCGGGAAGCUGACAUUGACGGAGAUGGGCAAGUGAAUUAUGAAGAAUUCGUGAAAAUGAUGACCGGAAAGUGAGUCGGGAUGCCAAUUCCAGAGGAAACGUUGCUGUAUAUAGAUUUAUAUGACCACAAUUAUGCUAAUGAUUACAGUAUGAUGGAAGGCGAUAUAAAAUCAAGUCAAGCAUGCCUGAAAGAUUGAAGGAAUGACGUUUUGCGUUGUCAUCUUGCCCACCAAGGGUUUUCUCCAGAAAUAGAGAAGGACUUCUGACCAAAAAAAUCCAUCUUGUAUUCAGGGCGAUAAAAUAAUGUAAUUGUGAUUGUCUAUUGUUAUAUAUGGAUAAGAGUGAAACACCCUUCAAAAUUACCGAGUUAUCCCAGAAUAGCAGAAAUAGGGUCUACAGGUUCACAUUUUUUUCAACUGAAGAAGAUCCUGGUUAAGAAUUCUCGUCUUCCCUUCCAAAUACAAGUCAUCUAGGUUACCGACAUAAUGGCAUGAGCAUUAACAUCUGCAUCUGCAUCUUUUGGAACCUGUAUCUUUAAAACAAUUUACGUCUUGUUCUUGCAGUGUUCAGUCGUUGCACAGAAGUUAAAAUGUGUGAUGUGGUGGAAAUUUGCUGUUUAUUGCUCUACUAAAUAUGUCCAAGGAUUGUAGUCUAAAAAAAUGAUUUCGAAGGUCACAAAUGAGAAAACUUCGACUUGGGGUGUCAAACUCAACAUGACUUGGUGUCUACUGACUAUCUUACAUGUAUCUAAUAUUUUGUGAUCAUAUAUUUUUUAGCUUACAAUACGUUUAGAAAAAAAACAUUCCAUGAAACUACAUGUAGUUGCUGUGCUCAUUUUCUCACAAGUCAAUCUUUCCCUUAAUUUUGAUAACUUUUCUACAUAUUUCUUAUAUGUUUCAUUCUGGUGUUGUGUAAACUUCGUUGCACCGUCCAUUACCUUGUGUUGCAUUUUUGUACUUUAGAUUGAAAAAGGUAUCCCAGACAAGUUCCCAGUCUUUCCUUUUAUGUAGAAGAUAUAAAUACAUUACAUGUCAAUAUAAACUGCCACAAUCUACUUGUAAAUCAUCACCAACUUGGUUUUGUAGUUAUACAAUCUAGGUUCUUCCAUAACGCUGGUCAAUUACUGUACCGAAUUAUUAUCCAAUGAUGUGAAUUCAAGUACAUGUGUUAUUCAUUGCUGUUUAGCUGUGACCAACAAAUGUUUUUUAACUUUUUGGUUUUCUUUGCUGGCAUUUAGUUAAAAGAGUUGCAUUGAUUUUAAAUGUGAUAAGUCAUACAAUGAUUUCUACAAUAUGUGUUGGGAGAUUCCGAAUAUUGUCAAAAUGUGUUCUAGUUUAGAGUUUUCAAUAUGCUUCAUUUUUUCUGUCGUCUCUAAAAUCUAGUUUAAAAGUAAUAAUCUGGACAAAAUAUAGCUGUUUGCAUGGCAUUUACUAUACCAGUAUGUCAGUUGAUGUGCGUGUACUCCACCCUUUGACUAAUAAAAAACUUUUUUCAUAAGAAUUUGGGCCCCAAGGAACAUUAAAUGUGAUGUUCGUCUUUCCAGUAGGCAUCAACAAAAUACAUGAAACAUACUAGUCAAAGGAUGAUAUAUACAUGCUGCUUCCAGAAAAGUAGUACUAGUAGUUAGUUGAAUUGUAACAAACUGGUCUAAUAUACUGGUAUCUAAACUGCUGGCUGUGCCUUUGGUGACUUGUGAAUUUAUGAGGAAAACAGUAUUGAAAUGAAAAUAUGUCCUUUGUAAAUGUUGCUUUCUUCCACAUCAUGGUGGAAUAUUUUUACUGGUGGAAAAUUAAAACUUUGUUACAUGAAAA